ACGUUCACGACGAUAAAUUAGAUGGAAGAAUCUAACCACGCCACCUUUCAUGCAGUACUGAAAUACAGUUAAGAGACUGCAAAAGGCUUUCCAUAUGUUCAGAGGUAGCCUAUUUACACAAGCUUGGUUAGAGGAGGAAACUACAAUAUGAAGUAACGAUUCCGUCUCAAACCACUAGAUGUCAACAAGAGUACGGGGUUCUAGCAUUUUAUAUUUUAUGCUGAGAUAAAUUGUGAUACUGAUGGCCUUUGGUCUGUGGAAGCUUUUAUAAUUGGUCAGAGUAACAUCCCUUUAAAAAAUAACUAUAUGGGACAAAAAAAUUGCAGUUAUUGCAUGUCAGCAAUUAAGUGUAAUAGGCCUAAGUUUCAAUGCAAUGUAGCCUACUGUUUUUUAAUGUCCAUAUUGCAUUUCCUAUAUGAACUGCAAUAAUUCCUCAAAGACUUCCGUUUUGACACUUUAAAUAGUGCAAUUAUUUUUUUGCAAGGGACUGCAUGCUGGAAUGUUUUUGAGUUAUACACUGUAGGCCUAAACAUUUUAAAAUGCUUAUACGCGCUCCACUGGAAUGAAACGUGUGGAAUGAAUGUCACUCCGUGGGAGUCGAAGGUAGACGGGUUGCCAUUGGUUGGUAAAACUUUGGGGCUGUCUCAUUGGCCUGAGACAAGCCUCACUAAUGAUGCUGUUGAAGAGCCUUGAAAGAGAGGCAAAAGAAUGUCCACAUACGGCACGGUGGCUCCGGUGGAAUGCCGUAGCAGACCCCGCGGAUAGCCCACAUCACAUUUCUAUUUAGAUUGGAUGCAACACAACUGUCAUGGAUGGAUCUACAUGAGUCAAGGGGUUAUGUCGCCCCCGUGAAAGAGAAAAACGUAUGACUACAUCAGUACACCUGGAUUAAUUUGAUGACGACAGCGCGUGAGUUAACUAUUUGAUUAAUAACUCUGCAAUAACGAAAUAGGCUAUAGCUGAACAGGCUGUUUCAUCUUUCCGUUCAAAGGAGUUUGCGUACGUUGCUUACUGGUAUUUGAAUAGUUGAGCUAUAUGGGUGAGCUUGUGCACAUUCCUGUAGGCUAAAUGAAAAGACAGUGUAUAGAUACACCUCAGUAGCCUACUUAAAACAAUCUCCCAAAACAAACUGGUAGCCUACUCUACGUUAACCUAAGUUUUUACACUUGUUGCGCCUGAGCGUGGGAAAGAUGCUGCGCGCACACUUGAUGGCACUUGGCCUCUUGCUGUGCCCGUUAGGUCUCGCGCUGGGGUGCCAGCUGCCGACCGAAUGGCGGCCGCUUAGCGAGGGCUGUCGCGCAGAGUUGGCAGAAAUCAUUGUGUAUGCCAAAGUGCUUGCUAUCCACGAGGAGCCGUAUGCCUCGAGCCUCUUCAACUAUUUGCCGUACCAGUUUGAGGAGGAGCGCGUCGGCGAGGGGCUGCUCUAUGCGGCGGAAGUGGAGAUGCUCUGUGAUCAGGCAUGGGGCAGCAUGCUCGAAGUGCCCGCGGGCUCCCGACUGAACCUCACGGGGCUCGGUUACUUCUCUUGCCAGUCGCACACCGUGAUGGAGAACGAGUCCUAUAUCUUCUUCUUGAGGAUGGAUGAAAACUACAACCUCCUUCCUCACGGAGUCAACUUUCAGGACGCCAUAUUCCCGGACACCCCGGAGAACCGGCGGACGUUCUCCAGCCUCUUCCAGUUCUCCAACUGCACCCACGGGCACCCCAUGCAAAGCUAUAGCCCUGCUUGGGAAAGCCAGGAGGACAGCCGGCUGCUGUGUUCAUCGGUGCAGCAGGUGCUGUUCGAGGAGGAGGAGCGCGUGCGUGUGCUGACCGAGCGCACGGCCGAGCUGGAGCGUCGCAACCGGCAGCUGAAGGAGCGCGUGCGCAAGCUCAAGCGCUCGAUGCGGCGGGCGCGCAAGACGGCGCGGCAGGCGGAGCGCGAGCGUCACGAACUGCGCGAGCGGCUGAGCGCGGCCGAGAGGAGGGCCGGACACCACCUGAACGCCAUCUCGCCGCACCACGCCGCGCCGCAGAAACCCAAGCAGACCACCCCGCGGCGCUCCAGCUACAUACAGGGACUGUGAGGAGAUGGAGGCACACACACACACACACACACACACACACACACACCCACACCAUCAGUGAUUCACCUGGACUGUGAGGAGACAUGAGGACACAAUUCACUUAGUAGGUCUAUCUCACACUACACACACACACACACACACACACACACACACACACACACACACACACACACACACACACAAUGUUACACUACCUACAUCCGAGGUCACACAGGUUUACACACACGAUCUCAGCAUCCUCUCUCACCUCAACAUACCACCCACACAUAGAUAUACCACACCUAUUGCAUUCACCACACAGAGACUUAAAGGAUUGAUUCUCCCAGACACUGACUUGACACCAUCUCACCCAAACCACACACACACACACACACACACACACACACACACACACACACAUAUACACACACACACACACACACACACACACACACACAUUGAGAUUGUUAAUAGCCAAUAAGACUGCUGGGCAGUCUCUGGAUGUCUAUUGGUCUGUAUUCAUGCUAUAUCUAACUCCUUCUCCUCUCUUGUUCCAUAACUAAUUCUCUUUCCUCUCUCAUUCUACAUCUUUCUCUCUUCCUCCAUUCAUCUGUGAAUCUCUUUACUCUCUUGUUUCCACUGCUUUACUUCCUUCUCUUUCAUCGGGUUCUCGUGUUUCACCAUGUCCAUCUGUAGAUUGUAGAGAAAUGCAUCCAUUCAUAUCCGUAUGCUGCAUCGCUUGGGCAUUUACCACAUGCAUAUUGACACACACAUAGACAUGGUGUCUAUCACUCUCUCAUAUCCUUUUACACUAUACACACACACACACUUGCACAAGCGUGCAAAUGCACACACAUACACAUACAUAACACUUAUCCUUACACAUAAUGUUCAGACACACACACACACACAAUGCUAAAAGACAUUGAAAAGCACCAGAGGAACUUUCUUUGUUCCCCAGUCUAGAACUGGAGGGAACUUAAUUCCAUUGUCAUGACUGAAUGAGUAAAUGACUGAGUGAAUUUUGGAUGUUUGAAACGAAUAAUGUGUGAAAGAGGACGAUUCAUUUGUUCAUAGAUUAAUGAUGUGCUGUUGUUUUUAUACCUGUAUAUGAUUCUGUACUUAGCGGCAUAUAAAGUGUUAAUAAAUACCACUGUCAUCUUU